CUCGCUCCAGUCCCUGGGGCCAGCGGACUCGUCGCUACAUGGAGACGGACUUCCGCGGUAGGCGCACGGCUUCCUGUUCAGAGGCUGUCCGGCGGUAGGCGUUGGGGACUCUGCCUGCGCCCCGUUUGGCGCGGUGACCGAGCGCCCAGGAGGCUCGAGGGUCGCAUCUUGUGCCGUGCCGCCAAGGCCGACCCUACACCGCCAUGGCCCCAGUGCAGCUGGAGAACCACCAGCUGGUCCAGCCCGGAGGCGGCGGCGCGGGUAGCAGUGGCCCGGUGUCAGCCCCGGCUCCUCCUCCUCCGGGAGCCGCCGUGGCAGCAGCAGCUGCGGCCGCAGCUAGCCCUGGCUACCGGCUGAGCACCCUCAUUGAAUUUCUGCUGCACCGGGCCUACUCGGAGCUCAUGGUGUUGACUGACCUACUUCCAAGGAAAUCUGAUGUGGAAAGGAAAAUAGAAAUAGUGCAGUUUGCUAGCCGGACACGCCAACUCUUCGUGCGAUUGUUAGCUUUAGUAAAAUGGGCCAAUGAUGCUGGCAAAGUGGAAAAAUGUGCGAUGAUCUCAAGCUUUUUAGAUCAGCAAGCCAUCCUGUUUGUGGACACUGCUGAUCGCCUGGCCUCAUUAGCUAGAGAUGCUCUGGUCCAUGCACGCCUGCCUAGUUUUGCCAUCCCAUAUGCUAUUGAUGUACUGACUACUGGAUCUUACCCACGGCUGCCAACCUGUAUAAGGGAUAAAAUUAUUCCUCCAGACCCAAUUACGAAAAUUGAAAAACAAGCCACACUUCAUCAGCUCAAUCAGAUUCUUAGACAUCGGCUUGUAACCACAGAUCUUCCUCCUCAGUUAGCAAAUCUUACAGUUGCAAAUGGCCGGGUGAAGUUUCGAGUUGAAGGAGAAUUUGAAGCCACCUUGACUGUAAUGGGAGAUGACCCUGAUGUUCCAUGGCGCCUUCUCAAGCUAGAAAUUCUAGUUGAGGAUAAGGAAACAGGAGAUGGGCGAGCUUUGGUUCAUAGUAUGCAAAUCAACUUCAUCCAUCAGCUGGUGCAGUCUAGGCUUUUUGCUGAUGAGAAACCACUUCAGGACAUGUACAACUGCCUACAUUCUUUCUGCUUAUCACUUCAGUUAGAAGUAUUACAUUCCCAAACUCUAAUGUUAAUCCGGGAGCGGUGGGGAGACCUUGUGCAGGUGGAAAGGUACCAUGCUGGAAAGUGCCUUUCCCUCUCAGUUUGGAAUCAACAGGUUCUUGGGAGAAAAACAGGGACAGCAUCUGUUCAUAAAGUUACAAUUAAAAUUGAUGAGAAUGAUGUCUCUAAGCCUUUACAGAUUUUUCAUGAUCCUCCUUUGCCAGCUUCUGAUUCCAAAUUAGUAGAAAGAGCCAUGAAGAUUGACCACUUAUCAAUAGAAAAACUCCUGAUUGAUAGUGUCCAUGCAAGAGCUCAUCAGAAGCUCCAGGAACUGAAGGCCAUUCUUAGAGGCUUCAAUGCCAAUGAAAACUCUUCCAUAGAGACUGCACUUCCGGCCCUUGUUGUUCCCAUCUUGGAGCCCUGUGGUAAUUCAGAGUGUCUGCACAUUUUUGUAGAUUUACAUUCUGGAAUGUUCCAAUUGAUGCUUUAUGGACUUGACCAAGCCACUCUGGAUGACAUGGAGAAGUCUGUGAAUGAUGAUAUGAAACGGAUCAUUCCCUGGAUUCAGCAACUUAAGUUUUGGCUUGGACAGCAACGUUGCAAACAAUCUAUAAAACAUCUGCCCACAAUAAGCAGUGAAACAUUGCAGCUUUCUAAUUACUCAACACAUCCUAUUGGAAACCUUUCUAAGAAUAAGCUGUUUAUUAAACUUACCCGCCUUCCUCAAUAUUACAUUGUUGUGGAGAUGUUGGAGGUUCCUAAUAAACCCACACAGCUGUCAUACAAGUACUACUUCCUAUCUGUGAACGCAACAGAUCGAGAAGACAGCCCUAUCAUGGCACUGCUGCUGCAGCAGUUCAAGGAAGACGUCCAAGACUUGAUUUUUCAUGCAAAAUCUGGGAAACAGACCAGAACCGGUACCAAGCACAAGUUGUCUGAUGAUCCAUGUCCAGUAGAAUCCAAGAAAACCAAACGAUCGGGAGAAAUGUGUGCCUUCAAUAAAGUUCUAGCUCACUUUGUUGCCAUGUGUGACACAAAUAUGCCAUUUGUAGGACUUCGAUUGGAGUUGUCCAAUCUGGAGAUUCCCCAUCAAGGAGUACAAGUGGAAGGUGAUGGCUUCAGCCAUGCAAUUCGCUUAUUAAAAAUUCCUCCUUGUAAAGGUAUAAGUGAAGAAACACAAAAGGCUCUGGACCGCUCUCUUCUUGAUUGCACUUUCCGAUUACAAGGUAGAAAUAACCGCACAUGGGUGGCAGAGUUAGUGUUUGCAAACUGUCCACUUAAUGGCACUUCUACUAGAGAGCAAGGACCGUCCCGGCAUGUUUACCUGACAUAUGAAAAUCUUUUAUCCGAACCUGUUGGUGGUAGAAAAGUAGUUGAAAUGUUUCUUAAUGACUGGAGUAGUAUUGCACGAUUAUAUGAGUGUGUGUUGGAAUUUGCACGUUCUCUACCAGACAUACCUACUCAUCUAAAUAUUUUCUCAGAAGUUCGUGUUUAUAAUUACCGAAAACUUAUUUUGUGUUAUGGAACCACCAAGGGAAGUUCAAUUAGUAUCCAAUGGAAUUCCAUCCAUCAGAAAUUUCACAUUUCCUUGGGAACUGUUGGCCCAAACUCAGGUUGCAGUAAUUGUCACAAUACCAUUCUUCAUCAACUUCAAGAAAUGUUCAACAAAACACCAAAUGUGGUUCAGUUAUUACAGGUACUAUUUGAUACCCAGGCUCCAUUAAAUGCCAUCAACAAACUCCCCACUGUGCCAAUGCUGGGUUUGACCCAGAGAACGAACACUGCCUACCAGUGCUUCUCCAUUCUGCCACAGUCGUCUACCCACAUCAGACUGGCCUUUAGGAACAUGUAUUGCAUUGAUAUAUACUGCCGGAGUCGUGGCGUUGUGGCAAUACGGGAUGGUGCCUAUAGUCUUUUCGAUAACAGCAAAUUAGUUGAAGGUUUUUACCCUGCACCAGGACUAAAGACAUUCCUGAAUAUGUUUGUUGAUAGCAAUCAGGAUGCUCGAAGAAGGUCUGUAAAUGAGGAUGAUAAUCCCCCUUCUCCUAUAGGAGGAGAUAUGAUGGAUUCUUUAAUAUCACAACUCCAGCCACCAACCCAGCAACAGCCCUUUUCAAAGCAGCCAGGAACAUCAGGCGCUUAUCCUCUUACUUCACCCCCUACAUCUUACCACAGCACAGUUAAUCAGUCUCCCUCUAUGAUGCAUACACAGUCUCCAGGAACUCUUGACCCUAGUUCCCCAUAUACUAUGGUGUCACCAAGUGGACGGGCAGGGAACUGGCCAGGGUCACCUCAAGUAUCUGGCCCCUCACCAGCAACACGCAUGCCUGGAAUGUCACCAGCCAAUCCAUCACUACAUUCUCCUGUUCCAGAUGCUUCUCAUUCCCCUCGAGCUGGAACAAGUUCCCAAACAAUGCCAACAAACAUGCCUCCACCUCGUAAACUACCUCAGCGCUCUUGGGCAGCAUCCAUACCUACCAUCCUCACUCACAGUGCCUUGAACAUUUUACUGCUGCCCUCUCCAACACCAGGCCUCGUGCCCGGCUUGGCAGGCAGUUACCUUUGUUCUCCACUUGAGAGAUUUCUUGGAUCAGUCAUCAUGAGAAGACACCUUCAAAGAAUUAUUCAACAAGAAACGCUGCAGCUGAUAAAUUCCAAUGAACCUGGAGUAAUAAUGUUUAAAACUGAUGCACUGAAAUGCAGAGUAGCCCUGAGUCCCAAAACCAACCAGACACUUCAGCUAAAAGUGACACCUGAAAACGCAGGACAGUGGAAACCUGAUGAACUUCAAGUUUUAGAGAAAUUCUUUGAAACAAGAGUUGCGGGACCACCAUUUAAAGCUAAUACGUUAAUAGCCUUCACCAAGCUAUUAGGAGCUCCUACGCACAUCCUCAGGGACUGUGUGCACAUUAUGAAGCUGGAGCUGUUCCCUGACCAGGCAACACAGCUAAAAUGGAAUGUUCAGUUCUGCCUGACGAUCCCUCCCAGUGCACCACCAAUUGCACCUCCUGGGACGCCUGCUGUAGUGCUGAAAUCCAAAAUGCUAUUUUUUCUUCAGCUAACUCAGAAAACAUCGGUCCCUUCCCAAGAACCUGUUAGUAUUAUAGUUCCAAUCAUUUAUGACAUGGCUUCAGGUACAACCCAGCAGGCAGACAUUCCCAGACAGCAGAACUCUUCUGUUGCUGCUCCCAUGAUGGUCAGCAACAUUCUGAAGAGGUUUGCAGAGAUGAAUCCACCACGACAAGGUGAAUGCACAAUAUUUGCAGCUGUUCGUGAUUUAAUGGCUAAUCUUACACUGCCCCCUGGUGGGCAUCCAUAGACACUAUUGUUUUUAAACCAGGGAGGCUGACAAAUGAGACAAAACAACAAAAAAAAAAAUCUGAAAUCAGCCUUCAGUUUAAAAAAGAAAAAGGACUUUUUUGACUUUAAGAGCUAAAUAUUCUAAACUGGCAAAUAUUUUCAGGGUGCACUUCUUUCAUCAAAAAGACCAUCAAUCUUUUGUAUAGUGAACUUGUAUAGUGUGUUUAAGUGGGGCACAUUUCAAACUAGGUAAUAAAUUGGUGUCCGCUUGCCAGUGAUAGAUUUAAUAUUGUUUUAUACUAUAAAGUUAUGAAAUGCCAAUCUCAUUUUAUUUAAUUGUUUUCUUAUGUUUGGGGUGUAAUAGUCCUUUUUUUGGUUUUUGUUUUGUUUUUUAAGGCAGGUCUGUCAUUUUUGAAUACUGUAAAACUGUGAUAAACUUUAUAUUGAAGCUGUAUUUUAAUAUGACCACUUUGAAUCCUUACAUGAAAAUGUUCUGGGAGUUGUUAUAAACACAUCCCAAAGAAGCAAUAUUUAAUAAAACUAGGUUAAACACAAAAAACAAAAAAAAAACAGUGACACUCACUUGUGUGUAUAUAAAGCUCUAUACACUUCUUAGGGCUUCCCUUCAUCUUUAACCUGGUCGGACCAGUAAUUAAUUUGUAGUAAUACAUACGUGAAAUUUGAUCAAAAGCAUCUGCUUCUUUGUUUUAAGUUAAUUUAUUUUCUUGAAACAUUCCUAACUUGACUAGUGGUUAAUGUUUAGCACUUCAGUUGUCUUUCAGUGUAGGAUUUGGGUUAAAAAGAACGAACCUAGUCUUUAAGAAGAGACAGUAAGUGGUUCAUGUUGAUCAAGGAUCCCAAAUAAUGCUAUUAUUCUCAUCUAUUGGGGAUGUGGGAACUUUUCUUUUAGGUAAAUCCAGUUUAUAGGAUAAUUCUGCAUACAACAUUAAGUACAAAACAAAGAACUUUAAUGUUCUACCCUUGCAUGAAGUUUCUGUGACAUUUCUUUAUCUUGCUCAACUUCUUGCUUUCCCCACCAAAAUUGGGGUUGUUCUAAACAAUCUCAAUUUAAUUCAUUGUGAAUAAAAUGAUAGAAUAUUUUGCUUGGAGGAAACCUGGUCCAGUCCCCUCAUUUUGAAGAAUCCAAGAUCCAGGGUCUGUUUAGGGUCAAAAGGAAUUUGGGGUACUGACACAUCUCAGCAGAGUUUCUUUUUGAAGCACCAUGCUGUCUCUCCCAAUUAGGGACUUUUUAAGCUUCAAGGAACAGGAUCUGAUGCAGAGGUCUUCUAGUGACUUGUGAUUUGGAAAUGUUUUUUAAAAUUAUAAUACCAUGAUGAGUUAUCUAGUCACUGUAAUACUUGUUCUCUAUUAAAUUGUAGAUGCUUUGUCUAAUUCCACUUUAAGAUGAUUUAAUUGAGCUUCUGUAACUGUCAACUACCAAAUUCUGGUUUCAAAAAUCUCACUGCAACUAUAUCAUAUCUGUUGUCAACUUUGCUUGAUUCUCAUUUUCAAUGAGAGUUGAGCCCUUCUUUGCCUUUCUUCUUUGUCUUAUGUCUCCCUUCAUCUCCUGCUUCUCACCCAAUUCUGCCACCAUUCAGAAGCAGGUGACUAAACUUUAUCCUUCCUUUAACUUUUUUAUCCUUCUGUUUUCAGUUCACCUUACAAUGGUAAUCACAUCAGUUUGACAAUCUAAAAUGUCUUUAUCAUGUGUCAGCCCUUUUCUGUUUGGAGCUGAAUCCUUUUCUUUCAUGUAGAAAUCUACAUGCAUAUACAAGAAAUGUAUUUUUAUCUGCAGGAUGAUAUUGUUUCAUAUUUAUUUAAUGGAAUUAACUUUGAAGAUAUUUUCUCUUUUACAUGUGGUUUUGAAAUGUUAAUUGCAUUUUUACACAUAGUGCAUUCAGUGGACAUUCUUCCUAAUUAUAACUCAUCUCUGAAUGCAUUGUGCAAAUCAAGAUAGGACUCCGUCAACAGAAUUUGCUUUUGGUGCUUAUUAAGAGUAAACCCAUGAAUUUGAACUUUGAACUAUUAUGCUUGGUACUUGGAAUUGGUAUAUAUUUUAUUAAAGCUUGAAAACAUUUAGCAUUUGAAUCAAAUUUCAUCGCAAA